AUGGCUGCAAUAGAUGUCAUGCCUCGACUCAUUGAUGACGAUGAAAAUGAAGACGACGACAUUCCAAUCGAGGAAUUUAAUUGGCUGCAGACGGAAGCGGAAAGCAACACACCUCUCGAGCGAAACAAGACAGUUGCGACGUUCGGAGAUCUGCCACUAACGUAUGAAGAAAUCGUUUUUAUCGAGCCCGAUCCAUUGGCUAUGUUGUGCACGGUGACAAUAUCGGACAUCAUGCAGGAGAAAUCGGAGGAAGAUGAAGCUGCUGCAUCCGUCGUCAUAAGGAACUGCGAGAAUGCUGUUGAGACGAACGCUAAGAGUGCACCCUGUACAGCAACUCACACUGCAACGGACAUAGUCACUGCUGGAGACGGCGCGGUAUAG